UAAACAUUGUUGGCUUGGUGGCUGGUGCUCAAAGUCAAAAUAUCAAUAUUACUAAAUUAGUUUGUACUUAAUUAUUAUAUUGAUAUUUUAGUGUGUACCUGUUGUGUAGUUUUGUGUCGACAUAGAUUAAACAUACUUAUCCGUCGUCGCAAAUAAUCCACUACUCGUGUCAAGUUCACUUACAGUUCAAUUUCAAUCUUAAAGUAUCUAAAGUAAUAUAUUUUAUUGAUUGUCCCAGAAAUAAGUUGAUCCAAAAUGCCACGUACCAAAGGAAGAAAAGUUCAACGUUCGGCUGUUGAAAUGAAUUUGACUGCUGUGAAUGCGACCAUGGGCAAUCAAUCGAAAACUAUAAAAGACAUUUUAUACGAAUUUGAUUAUGAAAAACAAAAUAUCGAAAAUCAUUUUUUUGCCAUAAUUGAAAACUAUACAAAUUUAAUUGAAAAUGCAUUUUUAAUGAUAAAAAUUAAUAUUGGUGAUUUAUUACAUAGUAAUCUCUAUGACAUGAUUCUUAAGCAACAUCCAAUAAAAUCUAACUGUGUAACUAAAAAUGAACUGGAACAACCUUCAAGCCUAGUUACUCAAAAUACAACAAAUAGAGUGACCAGACAAAAAAGUGUAUUCAAGACCUAUGGCUCUACUGUUACUACAACCGAAGUAAAAUGCAGCAGUUCCACACACAUUGAUGAUAAUCGCCCACUAUUAACAGAAAUAAUAGAAUCUAAGUUCAAAACUCCAAUUAAUCAACCAUCUGUAUCUUCAGCAAUAAUUACACCAAAAUUAAAUAUGAAUGAACCAAUGUCGAUUAUGAGGUAUCCAAAUCAAGGAGAAAUUGCACUUUCAAUGACAGGAAGUCCACUCAUGAUUUCAUCGGUUUCUAGAGAUGACAUGGCUUCAGUCAGUGUACCAUUAGCCAAUGGAAAUGUUCUUUCAAUAUUACCCAGAGUUGGUUCUACUAUGGAUAUAUCUUUUGAUGAACAGACUAAAUGUGAAUUACUUCUUCUGAAGAAAAACAUUGAAGGGCUAUUGAAAACUAAUAAAAAUUGAACAUACAAAAACAUUUUUUUUUUUUUUA